AUGGAUCAUUAUAGAAGUAGCAAGCGCAGCUCGAUAUCCUUUGGGAGCUAUCAGAGGCCGUCAAUGAAUUUUGGCCAAAACAGUUCCUCUUAUUAUACACCACGCCAACUCUAUUCUGCACAGCAGUCUCCUCAAAAGACCCAAGCGAUGAUACCUUGCCACUACGAAGCGCAUUUCCCUCUAUUUGCGCUCGAUUGGAGUGAGGAUGACUACGUAGCACUAGGAUCUUAUAAAGAGGACGCCUUCAACAAGAUACAAAUAGUACAUUCAAAUGAUUUGAUAACGUGGGAUAAGGUCAGUGAGGGGAACGUUGUUUUCCCCAUAUCGAGAGUUCAAUGGUGCCCCAACGGGAUGUCCCAGAGACUUGCGACAUGCUCGGAUUCUCUGAGGUUGUGGAGUUUCUCAGACUGCACGUUACAAGAACAGUUGAAUUUGUCGCUUUGCAGAUACAACAAGGGAACAACUACCUCGAUGGCUACGCUAGGGCAGCUUCCCCCAGUAUCAUCCUUUCAUUGGAAUAGCAUUGACAACAAUCUAAUCAUAUCGUGCUCCAUAGAUACAACAUGUACCGUAUGGGACUUGCAAUCUACCAAUUACGUCAAAACACAAUUGAUCGCGCAUGACAGCGAGGUCUUCGAUGUCAAGUUUCUUACACAAUCAACUCAACUGUUUGCAAGUUGUGGCGGGGAUGGGAGUGUGCGCGUCUUUGAUUUGCGCUGUCUGGCACACAGUACAAUUAUCUACGAACCAAGCGCAGCUUCGGGUGUGCUUCGCGAAAAUAGCAAUUCAUCCUCCCAUGCUUUACUGAGACUUGAGCCAUCUCUUUACGACCCUAACGUGGUUGCCACUUUUACACAGGACUCUAACAGUAUAAUCAUAUUAGACAUGCGAUACCCAGGAUCUCCCGUGCUCACUCUGGAAGGCCAUAUCAGCGCAGUAAAUCAGAUCCAAUGGCAUCCUUCAAGGCGUAACGUUUUGCUUUCGUGCAGUGACGACUGCCAGGUUCUUUACUGGGAUUUAAACACUUGGCUCAGCUCCAGCGCUGUGGCCUCGACCGCCUCUAAAUGGAACGCUAACAACAUAGUUCACUCGCUAGACGUACCUCAACAGGCCUACACAGAUGCUCCAUAUGAGGUAAAUAAUAUAGUAUGGAGACCACAGGACGACUGGUUUGGGUGUAACAUGGGACGCCAAUUCCAAAGUGUUAGAGCAUGA